GGAAGCUUUAGUAAAUCAUGUGACUUGAAAGGUGGAGCCUCUCUGUACAUUAAAGAGCGAGAUGUAAACAUACAAGUCUUCGUGGGAUAUACAAAAAGCUCAUUCUUUCUGAAUGUCACCAGUGAAACAGCUAUGAACGGAGAAGAUCCAAGGCUUAAAGAAAGGCAAGACCUUUUAACCAGACUUCUGGAUGCUGUUAAACAGUGUCAGGUUCGGUUUGGUGGAAGGUCAGAACUCGCCACAGAUUCUGAUAGCAGGGUUUCAUGUUUGUGUGCCACAUGGGAAGCAGCUCUUCAGCAUGGGAUGAAGAAAAACAAAGCCCUUUCAGCUCUAAGGCACAUGACAGAGAGGGCAGGUCUUGUCAAGAUGACAGAUUUUUUGUCAGAAGUGAAACAUCUAGAAUCUGAUCCAGCAUUUUGGCAAUAUGUCAAGGAACAUUUGACUAAGCAUGAAGUGCAGCGGUUCAACACUUUGAAGCAAAUCAACACAGAUAUUGGGCGCGGUAGGGCAUGGUUGCGUGCAUGUCUAAAUGAACAUUCACUAGAACGCUACAUGCACAUGCUUAUUGAGAAGGAUGAGAUUAUCAGUCAUUAUUAUCAUGAAUGGGCAUUUAUGUGUGAUCAAGAGCGCAAUAGUAUGCUGCCUACAAUGGCUGCAGGUCUUGGUUCCAUAUUGUUUGCAAUUACUGUGGACCGACCAGAACUUAAUAAAGGUUACCAAAACACCAUACAUGUGGGAAGCUGUGAGGAGCUGUCUGUCUCUAAUAUAGAUGAUAUGGAGCCACAGCCUGCCAUUGCAGGGGAUGGUUCUCCCAUUAUUGUAAAAAAGAAAGAGAACAAGAAAAAGAAGAGAAUUGCCAAUGUUGUCAGCUUCGAUGAGGAUGGAUCAGAAGAAUUAAAGCCUCAUCGAUUAGGCAGCACUAAUAGUGCUGGCAGCAACAGUACAACUGGAGAAGACUGGAACCAUGAAAGUUUUCAUCAUCAUCGUAACAUAUCUGUCUCACAUCGUGGUUCAAGGUCAAGUUCUUUGGAUGACCCUGUAUUUCUGACCAAUGAAGCAUUCAAAGACAGCAGCACUUCAAACAGUGAAACAACAGGUGAAGAUAUGUUGGAUGGCAAGCAUCCACCUUUUCAAAAUCAGCUGAGUUUGGGGACUACAUCUAUCACAACCAGUAACAUGGGAGACAACUUGUCCAAGACCAGCACAGGCUCAGUCAGCUCAUCAGACUUUGAAAAUGGUGGCACUCUUAUACCUGUGGGUCCUCAUGAUGGCCUGAUGCCAAUUUCACAUAUGAUUUCUGUGGGUGAUAAGAACCACUCAGACAGUUCAUCAGAUGUGUCAUUUUCUCAUCGAGAUGUGGAUAGUGCAGUCUUAGCCCUGGCAAUAGCACAGAAAGGUCUGGAAAGUGCUCACACAGGUCCAGAUAUUUCAGAACAUAUAGUGGAGCAAGCUCACAACUUCAUGUCUCAUGAUGAACUGAAACAAGCAGUGGUAGCUAUGAUGGUCAGAAAAGAUGAGGUUGAAGAACAGAAUCGAACUCUUCAGUUAAUGCUGCAGCAGGAAAUGGAAACCUCUUCCACUUUGCGAGCAGAAAUUGCAGAACUGAAACUUGGUCAUCUUCAAAGUCAGGAGGCAGAUCAGCUAAGAAUUAGUAAAUUGCAAAGUGAGAAUGAGCUAUUGAAACACCAGCUAAGGAAAUACGUAAGUGCUGUACAGUUGCUGCGAACUGAAGGAACCAAAAAAGAAGUUGAUGGCUUGGGCAUUCGAGUUGAUGAGCUUCAGCCAAGCAUUCCUCCACCAAAAUCCCACAUUGAUUAUAGCCAUGAAGCUUCAGAGUAUGAACAAAAACUUAUUCAGGUUGCUGAAAUGCAUGGCGAGCUGAUGGAAUUUAAUGAUAUGCUACAUCGGCAGUUGAAUGCCAAGGAGGCCUUGUUGAAACAGUUACGCCUAGAGCUCAUCACACUUCGUGGACCUGUGAGUCAUGAGCUACCUUACAAGGAUCGACAGCUGGAGGACUCUGCUGCAUCCAACAUAGACAUUCUGGGAAUCCAAGGAAGAGUACUGAUAAACAUCUGGAUUCCAUCAGCUUUUUUGCAUGGGACUUCUUCGGAUCAGUAUCACGUGUAUCAGGUUUAUGUACGAAUACGGGAUGAAGAAUGGAACAUUUUUCGUCGCUAUAGCCAAUUUCUUGAUCUGCAUACUCGUCUGAAAAAGGUCUAUCCAAUCAUAAACAAGUUUGACUUCCCACCAAAGAAGUCUGUUGGAAAUAAGGAUUCUAGAGUGGUAGAAGCACGGCGACUGGGGUUUCAGAAGUACCUGCGGAAUGUCAUCAACCUCCUGCUGGAGAAAACAUCAGAACUUGAUUCAGAUGUGUGCAAAACUAAAUUAGUUUCUCUCUUGCCUUUUUUUGGCGAUCAACCAGAACCAGGAGGAAGGAAGGGAAAAAGUAAAAAGCAGUCACCACCCCUACAGCUGCCAUUGCCUUCAGCAAGACAGCCAUCUGCAGCUGAUGCAGCUUUAGCACCGCAUGCUACACCACAGUCAGCAUCACCAAGGCCACAGCAUCAAAACUUGUGAUACCUGCAUGCUGAUGUUUUGCAGAGGUCAUUUGUGAUUUUUUCCCUAAUAUGCUGUCAAAUGUGCUUACAGAAUAGUGCUUCUGAACAGCCCCUUGCUAUUCAUAAGACUUUGUUCAGAAACAGUGGAAACUCAGCCAUUAAUGUUGCAAAGUUGUGAAUCUAGUGCUCACACAAGGAGAAAACAAUCACAACUGUUUAGUCUUUAUAAACAAGUCGGACUGUGAUUUCUCUACCUUCCCGUGGAGCAUCAUGCCUUUUAUAUUGGCUUUUUCUGGCCAGAGACAGAAGAUAGCUUCAUGUGUUGCACAGUGUGUGGACUGUUUCAUCAAAGUUUUCCUGCUGUGGUCAGAUGUAGAUGUGUGAUGUACUGACAGCCAAUAGUCAAAGUGGUACACAACAUGGCAACAAGUCACAUUGUACUACACUUGCUGUUUGUAAGGUAUCACAGUGGUUAUUUUUAUAUGCUAUUUUGUAUUUGAAAUGUGCAGUUUUUACUUUUUUUUAAGAUAUCAUGGUGACAAUGAAAUAAAAGUUUCUCAAAUUUCAAGAUAUACCAAGAGGGUACUAACAGAUUUCUGAAAGAAAUGUGUUGGGGCUACAUGUUUAAGGUUUCACACAACUUAUGAAAUAUAGUUUGUGUAGAUCAGAAAUGUUUGUCUUGCUUAAAGUUUGGGGAUGUAUUUUGUUUGCCCUGUUAGAUAUGCAGACAGUGCAUAUUGAGAUGCUUCAGAUGUAGUUGCACAUUUUUCUCAUUCCUCCCUGCCCCUAAGGGCGGACUGGUGGCACAAUAGUUAGUGCCUGUCGCCAGUACAGUGAGGGUUGGCUGUCCUGAGUUCAGCUCUCAUCUCGGGCACACUGUUCUUUCUCUGCAUGGGGCAUCUGUUUACAGGGCUGACUGCCUUGCCAUGAUAUAGCCUUAGUUGCUGGCUUAGCAUGAAACACCAAUUUCCCACCCUUCUCUACCCCUCAACCAAUGGAAAAAAAACUAUUUUCGCUAUUAUUAUAUUCACUAUUUUUAUUUUCAAAGAUAUCAAGUCAUUGCAACAUAAAACAUAAAUGUGGCAACUACUUUUUUUCUGACAUCCACCCAUCCCACCUGUGGGUAGAUUGAUCAAACAAGUCAUGAUACGAGACCAUAAUAGCGAGGUUGUGCUUGCAAGUAUUUGCCCUUGUGCCAGUCCAUUGUAUAUCACCACCAUUACCUCUUGAGAAUCAUUUUAAACAGUAGGAAUCUUUCUGUACUAAUACUCAGUCAUAUCAUUUUGCGUACUUUGUACAGAAUGUAAUUAGAUUUCCUGCCCAAGUGAAAACUGUGUAAAUGAAUUUCAUGCAUAGUUCUUUUGUGGCUCUUAUUACAUAGAAGUGUUUAGGGUGGAUGCAAAAAAUUGAUGAGCACAAUAAUACCUUUGACUAUGGCUUGUACCAAGGUAGGGGAUUCUCUUACCUUCUCCCACUAUGAAAGCUCAUGCUGAGAAUUUCAUUAUACGCAAAAAGGCUUGAUAUUAUUGUAGCUACACCACUCUGAUACAAGUGUCGUGUUAAUCUUAGUAGAAUGAGGAUUUAAAAUAUUGAUGUGCCAACACAUCUGUAAUGUCUAGAUGGAAGAUAAAAACAUUCCAACCAGCGAUGAGGUGGUUACUUCUGCUUUGGGCACUGUGCUAGUUUGUGGUUUAUUUCCAUUUUGAUAUCUUUGCAGUCUAUUUAGAGAUCCACUAUCACUAUCAAGGUUACCUUUUAGUCAUCCAUUUUAGACUCACUAAGAAUGUAGGUUGAUGGUAUUAACAAAAGGGUGAACAAAUUUCUCUGGUUUUCAGCAAAAUUACUUUUUUUUUUGGUCAUGACCAGUUCCAAUCAAAGCAGUGCACUUUUAUUUCAUCUCAUGUUCUUCAUGAUAACUGUGUAGAUUAAAUGAAUACUGUUGUGUUUUACCUUUGAUCAUUUUAUUAAUUUGAUUCCUGACUUUUCAGGAUGCUAGAUGCGACAAGGCAUAAUUCUUGUGACAAAGGUAUAUGCCUUAUUUUUAGGUCUGCUUUCUCAGGCUUGAUGUUUGUCUUUUGGGAUGUGUGCAAAACAAGCAGACAUGAAUAACUGCCUUCUGCUAACAUAAUGCUUUCAUGCAAUGUGAUAAAAUGUAGAAUGCCUUUAUUGCUGUAGCAUGGUAUCAUUAUAUUUAAAUAACAAUUAUUGUAUUUAAAUUGGCAAUUACCUUCAUUUAUGGCACUGCAAGAAUCAUUUUGUAUACUUUCACACAUAGCUUUCCUUACAAGCAUAGCAUUUAUAAUUUAUUCAAGAUUGUAAACCAAGAAUACUGUAUUCAGAUGAGAAAAAUGUUAAAGUUGCCCAAGUCCAAUAUACACUUUUCAGUACAUCAAAUUGAUGAUUAAUAAACUUUUCCACUGAUACCAUUUUAACUGAAACAUCCAUUAAGGCCUUUUAUUUUAGUAGUGGUAAAAAAUGUACACAUAAGCACAAAUCAUUAAGAUAGUGUGUUCAAGCCACUGCUGGUGUGCCUGAUGUGCAAGCUGGAAACACUUAAAUUUGUAAAUCAGGUAAAUCUGUGGUAACUCGUGAUCACAGUGACAGUUUUUGUGAAUCUCCACCAAAUUGAUUUUAGUUUUUAUAAUCAUUCUAAAAGAUAUAUUCUAAUGCUCUGCUAAGCAAGUUGUUAAGCUACUCCGCGAACUACUUUACUAAAAUCUUGUCUGUCCGCAUUCCUGCCCGAAACCUUUGCUUCUCAUCAGACUCUUGCAUUUUAUCCCUCCCACAAAGACAGCCACUUAUAGUUCUCCUCUGUGCUGCUAAGCAGAGGAACUAUCUUCCCCAUCACAUUCGCCACUUGGGCUCCAAGGCUACAUUCAGACGCUCUCUAAAAACAAACCUUUAACAAAGCUCUAUCCCUGAAUUACUAUUCUUAACUCCCUGGCAACAGUGUCAUGCUAACCUUCAUGUGAUGACUCCAUCUUAAACUGUUUAUAUCCCAUCAUCCAUUGCUUUAUAUUCUACUUGUACCUCAUCUUUACGUUGCUCACUGUGCCUAUAUGUACCUCACUGUCCACUGGCUGUUAUCUUUCAUUUAUCAUUAAUGGUCUGCUCAGAGAGUGGAGUGUGAUCUAUCUUAAUUGUGAUGCUGCACGCUACCUUCUUGUUCCCAAUCUCCCCAGUGGAGCAUAGGGCCGCAACUAUACCAUGCAGUGCAUGUGUUGUAUUUGCGGUUUCUGUAGAAGGCGAUGUUUUACAGGGUGGGGUUGCUGGCCCCACCCCCAACCUUCCUCCUUCAUCUGGUCUUGGGACCAGAAGGUUACCCAGGGAAGUUUGCUGCACAUUAUAAGUUCCCAUUAUUGUUAUCAUUAAUUAAAGCUCAGUGUUACAAAGAUCCAGCAUUACAUUUUCAUUCUGAUCAUGUUUUAAAGUUGCUUUUUAUUUGUGUUUACAAAUUUAUCAUAAUCACAUGUGCACUCUAAUAGGUAAAGGUACUUCUGUUUUCUUGUUUUGUUUUGUUUUUUUAGCUUGGUUCAUCAGCUUCACAAAAUAGAGCCUAUGUAAUCACAUUUUGUUACAUUGGGCCUUUAUAUAUUUCAAUGUCACUAUUAUACUAUGCAGUUGUAGUUCACUGCUUGCAGAUUUGUUCAUCAAACAUAUGAAAUCUAAGCUAGGAGUGGAAUGAUGGGUGUGUAUUUCUUUCCCAAUAAAAAUAACAGCUGAGAGCAUUGUCCUUGAUCCAAAACAUCACAACCAGUUUGCUUGUGAAUCUUGGAUUUAUAAUGCCAGUAAUUGGAUUGUUAUGAAUUUUACACUAAUCACCAUCUCACUACAGAUGAAUGUAAUUGAAAAACAGAGUAAAUUCACGUUUAUUAAAUAGGGCAGGUGUGUUAAGUGACUGCUUUAAAUGUUUUCAUGAUGUCUAGCAUUAUCUAUGGAUGACUGUCAUGUAUAAUGGAGUAAAUUGUAAUUUUUUUAAAAAGUGAAUGUACAAAGAUGGGAUCAAAUUAGAAUCCCAGUUAAAUGUGUGCUAUGUAUGAAGUAAAUUGUAAUUUGCUUUAGAAAAUGCAAAUUCAAAGAUGGGAACAAGUUGCAAUCCUGAUUAAAUGUGUGGAUGUGGAAUUUUUUGUAAUGCAGUAACUUAAUGUCAUUUAAAGAUAUUUUACAUAAAAA